AUGCUUAUUACGACUUCUUUCCUCUUUCCAAUUGCUAACAACCAUUUCCUUCUUCAAUUGAGACAUGCUUGUACUACUUCUUUCCUUUCUUUUCCAAUUACAUGCUUUCUCUCUCUUCUUUCCUCUUUCUAUAUUGCUAACAACAGUUUCCUUCUUCAUAUUGAACAUGCUAUACUACUUCUUUUCCUCUUUCAAUUCUUUAUAGCAAUCCUUCACACUUCUAUCUGUCUUCUUGCUCCUGUCUGUCUUUUUCAAUUGAGACAUGCUCCCUUUGCUAACAACAACUUUACAAUUGAGACAUUUGUACUUUUUUCCUCUUUCCAAUUGCUAACAACAUUUCCUUCUUCAAAUUGCUUUUACUACUUUUCCUCUUUCCAACAACAACAGUUUCCUUCUUCUUCAAUUGAGACAUGCUUGUAUCAUUCUUUCCUCUUUCCAAUUGCUAACAACAGUUUUCUUCUUCAAUUGAGACAUGCUUGUACUACUUCUUCCUCUUUCCAAUUGCUAACAACAGUUUUCCUUCUUCAAUUGGGACAUGUUGUUUUUCUUUUUUUCCUCUUUCCAAUUGCUAACAACAGUUUCCCUCUCUUCAAUUGA